ACUCACUACUUGUGAAACUUAACAAAGGACCACUCUACACGGUUGGAUAUGCAGAUGAUUUGGUAAUUAUGGUAAGGGGCAAGUUCCCAACUAUUGUGACAGACAUCAUGCAAAGAGCCCUCAACACACUGGAAGAGUGGUGUGACAAAAACCACCUCUCGGUGAAUCCGGGAAAAACGAAUGCUAUUGCAUUUACAAAAAUGAGAAAUACAACAGGGCUAGGACAUCUCUACCUUUAUGGUAAACAGAUAACCUGGACCAAUGAAGUGAAAUAUCUAGGGGUAAUCCUAGAUAAGGAACUUACAUGGCGUAAACACCAAGAUACGGUCAUAGCUAAGGCUAUGAGAGUGCUGGGAAUGUGUCGUGGUGCAUACGGGAAGACAUGGGGACUUAGUCCCAGAGUGAUGAGGUGGAUCUAUAUAACUAUGGUGAGACCAAUAAUACUUUAUGGCAGCAUUGUCUGGUGGCCUAGAAUUAGGUUACAGACGUGCAGAACGGCACUGGGCAAAUUGCAAAGAACUGCAUGCCUAGCAAUAACGAGUGCGUUUAGAACUACGCCAACUGCAGCAUUGGAGAUUAUUCUGGGAUUGCCCCCACUGCACUUGGCGCUAGAAGUAGAUGCAAGGAAGGCGCUGCACAGACUGAAGGGGGCGGGACUUUGGAGUACAUCCAAACCUUGCACCAAGCACACAAGGAUGGGGAGCGAUCCUCAAUUAGAUGCAAUAAUGGACAUGGGUUGUGAUACAAUGCAGCCUAGGUACAUGUUUAGCAAGGAUUUCAAAGUGUCUAUACCAACAAGGGAAGACUGGAAAAGAGGACUAAAACGUCAACAAGACAGCCUGAUCUGGUAUACUGACGGCUCCAAGAUGAACUCAGGAACAGGAGCGGGCGUCUACUCCAAACAAUCUGAGCACAGUGAAAGCUUAGGGAGGUUUGCAACAGUGUUUCAAGCUGAAACCUAUGCUAUAAUCAUGUGCGCAGUAAGGAAUAUAGAACAGGCGCAUAAAAAGCGUGACAUUUACAUAUUAAGUGACAGUCAGGCAGCACUCAAAGCCAUUGCCUCAGUGAGGGUUGGAUCCAGACUCGUUCUGGAGGCAAUCUUGGCACUGAAUAAACUUGGAAGGCACAACAGGGUGACCCUCAUGUGGGUACCUGGACAUACUGGAAUCGAAGGCAAUGAGAGAGCCGACAGUCUAGCGAGACAAGGGUCAGAGGCGGCACCUAUUGGGCCAGAGCCGAUAGUGCCCUUAUCUAUGAGCACUUUACACAUGGCCAUGAGGCAAUAUAUAUCCAGGAAGCACAGAGCUGAAUGGGAAAGCUCCAACGGUAUGAGCCACUCCAAACUAUUCCUAGUUGGAAACACAAGAUCAUGGGAAAAGCUCAUACUCAAUGGAAACAGAAGGCAAACCCGAGUGAUCACGGGUGCGCUGACAGGACACUACACUACAAACCACAUGCUCCACAAAAUGGGCCUAACUACGGAUGACAGCUGUCGAGCAUGUGGAGAACAUGCGGAGUCCAUGAAACACCUACUGUGCGAAUGUGACGCGCUAGCUAGAACUAGAAUGGGUCUCCUGGGGUCGGCUUAUCCGACACCAGAAGAAUAUAGGUCCUUCUCACCCAAGCUCCUGAUCCACUAUAUGGAUAGGAUCUUUGCGGAUGAGGGGGGAUAAAGGUAUAGGGAAGCACAAAAGAUCCCAAUGGGUCGACGUGCACUGCGCUCAUGCGCGGCCCUAAAUAAGAUAAGAUAA